AUGUCUUUGUCUGCCGCAGAAACGGUGGCCAAUAUCGAAGAACUCCUCACAACGAUCCUUGUGUCGCUCCCACCUCGACCUCUUGUUCGUUUCAAGUCCGUCUCCAAGCAUUGGCUCACUCUCAUCUCCGACCCCGCAUUCCUUCGCCGCCACACACAACAGAACCUGAAGAUCUCCGGCUUCUUUUCUAGCAAAACCGAAGACAAGUCCUUCAAGGCCAUCCCACUUGGUCACGAUGAAAUCCCAUCAGGGAAUCCCUUCAAAAUCAUCAAUGACUCCUUCAGCGAUGGCACCACGUUGAAGAUCAUUCAGUCCUGCAAUGGUCUCUUCCUCUGUCUUCGUUACUCUUGUCUUCCUAGCCCCUCUGACGACCACAGGCACUAUGAUAUGAAGAAGAAACCCAUGCACUUCGACGACCGGAGUAGGGAAGGUGCUGUAUACUGCAAUGGCAAGGUUCAUUGGAUACGAUGCGUAAGCUACAGCAAUCAGAUUUUCUCAACCUCCAAUUUCUCAGUCAUCCGAUUCGAGGAUGGUAGAUUCGUAAGAGAUGAAGGUGACGUGUUACACUACUUUGACAUGAAUGAACAAAGCUUGCGACUCGUCGCGGCUGCUACUCCUGUUCCUGAGGGUGUGAAGUCUCAAGUAGUUCAUAGAUAUUUCGGCGAGUCUGGUGGCCAUUUGCAUCUGAUUGAGUUUUACAAGCAUUAUGAUACACAAUUCGACAUCAUGGAGAUGGAGGAGGACUACUCUGGAUGGUUUCUUAGGUACUAUGUUGAUCUCAAUCGGGUGAUCAAGCCUCUUCCUAGGACAAAUUUUGUUGUCUUGUUUAUUUCUCGAGGGGAGGAAAAAGACCAUAAGGUUGAUGAUGGUGAUGGUGAUGAUUCUUCAACUGAGGCUGAUGAUGAUGAUGAUGAUGAUGAUGAGUCUUCACCUCAUCUUUGGUUGCAUGUGCCGGGUAAAGGUCAUAUCUUAUAA